GUCUAACAUGAUGAAGGCGAUACUACUUGUUGUGAGCAUAUUGCUUGAAGUGUAUGCAAAAGAAACCCCACAAGACUUCGUCAGAAAGUACAACAGAUACAACACAGUCUGUCAAGGAAUUGGAUAUGAAAAAAAGAACUGUACAGGAAAGGAAAAAGAAAUUGCUUUUCACGCACGUUUAACCAAAAGACAAGAGAACCUUGGCGUGAAUGUCAUUGUAGUAUUUGGAACAGUGACUCUGAACUCUGGAAACGCCUAUAACCCUACAACAGGUAAAUUCACAGCACCUGAUGAUGGCCUCUACGCAUUUCAAUGGACAAUAUUAACCAAUGUAGGUUCGUGUUUUAAAACAGAGAUUGUUCAUAACGGAAAAGUAAUUGGUUUCGGUCAUGCCGAAGGCAAAACAGGAAGCUCUAAUUAUGAUAGUGCAUCUUCAUCUGCUAUCAUAAAAAUGAAGAGGAAUGAUAAUGUCUGGAUAAGGACAUUUGGUAGAGAUGGAAAAUUUGCUUAUGAUAAUUGGUCGUCAUUCUCUGGUUUUAAACUUUAAAAGACAGUUUUGCCAUUGAG